AUGCGCAGUCUCAUUAUUGCCGGCCGGACCCAAUUAGACCGGUUGAUUUCUGAGAUGCGUCGCUUCUGCGACACGGAGGCGUUCGGAACGGAAUUCAAGCAAGACUGUCUAUCUCCCGAUAAUCAGAGAGCUAUGGCGCUCGUGAAGGGGAAGACACGAAAAUUAGCCGUCGGUUACGAGGUUCCUAUCAUUUGGAGAGAGGGGGAACCGGGCCUCCCGAACAAUAGAGCCAUGGCCGUCAAUCGUUUCCAGAGUCUACUGAGGAGAUUUCAACAUCAGCCGCAACUCGAACGGGAUUAUGAGGCCGCCAUGCAGAAGACCCUGGACCAAGGGUACGCAUCCCGUGUUGAGGAUCCGGCUGACGCGAAAUAUUUUCUCGCCCACCACGGCGUUUAUAAAGGGACGAAGCUGAGAGUUGUGUUCGAUGCUGCCGCCUCCUUCACAGGGAAAGCUCUCAACGACGCCAUCAUAGGAGGACCAGCACUACAACCAGCGCUGGCGGCCGUUAUCACCCGUUUCCGACAGGAAGAGUGUGCCUGGGCUUCAGACAUUAAGGCGAUGUUUAGUCGCCUUCGUCUAUCUGCGGAAGAUGCGAGAUUUUUCUGUUUCUUAUGGAGACAGAAAUCAUCUGGCAACAUGGUGACGUACAAGAUGGAUAGGUUGCCUUUCGGAGCAAGUUGUUCCCCGUUUGUAGCCAUUCAUACGAUCCAGCGGAUUGCAGAAGACGCUGGAGUAGAGGAAAAGGUGGCCGUUGCUGUUCGAGAACGGAUGUACGUGGAUGAUUAUCUGAGCUCCGCGCCAACCGUUCAAGAAGCUGUACAAGAAGCGUCCGCCGUGAGAAAAAUGCUAGCGGACGCGGAUUUGAACCUUCAACGUUGGGUGUCCAACUCGCCCGACUUCCUGCAGCAGAUGACCGUCAGCACCAGACUGAGUUCAUCAAAUAUUCAUCAGUUGGGGAGCAAUUGUGAAGAAAAGGUCCUAGGGGUUUUCUGGGACGUUCAUUCCGACACUUUGGGUUUUAAAGUUGCCGAAGCGCCCGAUGUCAAGUUCACCAAGAUGGAGCUGGCCAGUCGAGUAGCCGGAGUUUUCGACCCCUUGGGCACCGCGUCGCCGAUUAUCGUGAAGGCAAAAAUCCGUCUCAGGAUGCUGGGACAGAGCGGACUACAAUGGACGGACGUAGUAGGCGAAGAAGACGCGAGCUGGUGGCUUCUCUGGUUCAAAGAGUUGCAAUAUCUGAACCGAGUUGCGAUGCCCCGUUGUUUAUUUCCAAAUCGUGAAACCCUUGAGUCGUCGGAACCUCAUACUUUCUGCGACGCGUCGGAAGAGGCGUAUGCGGCCGUCCUUUAUGUCCAGAGUGUUUUCUCCAGUGGCCAAGUGGUGAUUCGGCAGGUGAAGCCGACCAAUAAGCUUGCCCCUAAAAAGACCAUAUCGGUGCCGAAACUUGAGCUGAACGCCGCAUUGUUAGGCGCCCGUAUGACCCAAGCCGUGCAGCAAGCUCUACCAGCCCAUAUUCAUCGUCGUCGAUUCUGGACAGAUUCCAGUACGGUGCGCAACUGGAUUCGCACCGCUGCAGCCAACUAUCAAGUUUUUGUGAGUAAUCGAAUCGGAGAGAUACAAACGAUUACCGACGAAGGCGAGUGGAGAUUUGUGCCUGGGCGGCUCAACCCUGCCGAUGCUGCCACUCGAUCCGCUUUGGAUGGGGAUAUCUUCCCGGCCAUAUGGCUGAACGGACCAGAUUUCCUUUUACAGCAUGAAGACAAAUGGCCAGUCGACCUUCCAUGGAUGAAGAUCAAGGAAGAAAUGCGGCCGGUUCGAGUGUCUUUCGCGGCCCAAGUGGAGAAAACGGAUUGGUCCAAGGUCCAGCUCACACCCAGUGACAUUCCGCAGCUGUGUGCGUUGGAGGGAAAAUUCCUGGGUCUUGUUCGUCAGUGCCAAGAAGAGUCGUUCGCCGAGGAACUACAUCGACUUCGAAAGAAGAAGGCGCUCUCCUCCACCUCCUCUCUUCUAGCGCUUGCACCGAUCCUGAGUGAAGACGGACUACUUCGUUUAGGCGGGCGUGCCGGUCGGGCGCGCUUGCCGUAUGAUCAGCUACAUCCACCAUUUCUUCGGGUCGGCAUCCCUUUACGGAGAGGAUCGUCUUCGCUUAUCAUCAGAGUCUAA